GCAGGGUUUCCAGCUGCCUCAGACUGCAAUCAGCAUGAACUGCAGCCUGGCACAGAGAGUGCUGCUCAGCUCUCCCAUGGAGGGACAGCGGGACAGGUUGUGCCUGCAGUCUCUUUGGGACUUUGUCACUGCAAAGGAGCCACUGAUCAAGUCACCGUUUUUUCCAGUGCUGUUUUCUUUUACAGCAUACAUGGCUUUCUGUCUUCCAUAUAUUGUGCUGGACUUUUUAAGCAUCAGAUUACCAGACUUGAGAAAAUACAAAAUCCAGCCACAGAACUAUCCAAGUCUUCGAAUGAUGGUGCCUUGCAUUAUGCAAAGUGUGUAUCACCAUGUUGUUUUGAUCUUCCCGGUGACAUUUCUACACUGGUACUGGAGACCCAUGAAUCUACCAGUGAUAGCUCCAGAGCUGCCUGAAGUCCUGCUGCAAGUAGCAGUUUGUCUGCUGCUAUUUGAUUUUGAGUACUUCCUGUGGCAUUUGCUUCAUCACAAGGUGCCUUGGCUCUACAAGACCUUCCACAAGGUGCAUCACAAGCACGUGUCGACGUUCGCCCUUACUACGCAGUAUUCCAGCGUGUGGGAGCUGCUCUCACUGGGGUUUUUUGCUGCUAUAAACCCACUGCUCCUCGGAUGCCAUCCUUUGACUGAAAUGAUUUUCUUCCUUGUAAACAUUGGUUUGUCAGUGGAGGACCAUUCUGGAUAUGACCUGCCAUGGUCAACUCACCGACUUGUGCCUUUUGGAUUGUAUGGAGGAGCGCCACACCACGAUCUCCACCAUCUGAAAUUCAAAUCGAACUAUGCUCCUUACUUCACACACUGGGACAAACUCUUUGGGACAUUCAUGGAGUCGCACUCUAAUUAAGAAUAUUUACCUGUGGAUGAACCCUUAUUUUUUAUAGACUUUAUCAGGACAUUAUUUUUUUAUAUACAGAAGAUUGUAUAUUUAAAGCUGCCUAUAAAAGCAAUAGCUAUUUAUAACAAAUCCUCUUAAUAUAUGUGCAUUUGUGUGUGUACUUGGAUCUGCCUGUGUUAAGGGACUGCAAAUGGGAAAGUGAAUAUCUGUUGCUUAAAUUUGAGUUAAAGGUUUAAGGGAAGCAUUAAGAGACAUUCUCUCUCCUUUCCUCCUUUCUAGCUUUCAUAAAGCAUGUAUCUUGUUACUGUAUAAUGUUUUAUACAUAUGCCAGAACAUUAUCUUACUCUUGUAGGAUGAUUUAUGAUGUAAAUAGAAAAGGUACACAUCAUGGAUUUUGUGGAGUUUAAUCUGCCAGAGAAAAAUUAUUGCACAAUGAUUUUGCAAAAUAUUGCUGCCAAGUCAGGGUGGUUGGCUAACUGUUAAAUGAUUUUGAUAUUUAUAUUUUUUACCUUGAUAUACUGUCUCUUUUUAAUAGAGAAUAAAUAUGUUCA